AGUUGUAGUUCUUAGGGUUCGGCUGGGGAUGCCAGGAAGGACCAUUGGUCUCAGGCCAGGAGCGGCGGUUGUGUUUGGUCGCCGCCGCGAGCACCAUGUCCCGCGUGUCAGUGCCUUGCCAUGUGAAAGGCACUGUGGCCCUGCAGGUGGGCGACGUGCGGACCUCCCAAGGCCGGCCUGGCGUGCUGGUCAUCGAUGUCACCUUCCCCAGCGUCGCGCCCUUCGAGUUGCAGGAGAUCACUUUUAAGAAUUACUACACAGCCUUUCUGACCAUCCGUGUUCGCCAGCACACCUCAACACACACUCCGGCCAAAUGGGUGACCUGCCUACGAGACUACUGCCUGAUGCCUGACCCACACAGUGAGGAGGGAGCCCAGGAGUAUGUAUCGCUGUUCAAGCACCAGAUGCUGUGUGACAUGGCCAGAGUACUGGAGCUGCGCCUGAUCCUGCGACAGCCGUCGCCACUUUGGCUGUCUUUCACGGUGGAGGAGCUGCAGAUCUACCAGCAGGGACCAAAGAGUCCUUCCAUGACCUUCCCCAAGUGGCUCUCCCACCCAGUGCCUUGUGAGCAGCCUGCUCCCCUUCUUGAGGGUCUCCCAGAACCCAGCAGGGUAUCCUCCGAGGUACAGCAGAUGUGGGCGCUGACAGAGAUGAUCCGGGCCAGUCACACCUCCACGAGGAUCGGCCGCUUUGAUGUGGAUGGCUGUUAUGACCUGAACUUGCUCUCCUACACUUGAGCCGUGACUCUUAGUCAAGACGAUGGCCUUCCGUGCCCACCCAGGCCCGGUUUGGGCCAUCAGAGGCCGAAGUGCUUUCCCUGUACAUUCCGAGUGUUGCCUGCAUGCCCAUUCCGUCUGGGCCGUGUUCACAGAUUCAUGAUUCUUGGGGGCUCAGUAUGUUGCUUCAGCAUGAGCUCCUGGAGGGGGCGCACUCUGUCCUUACCUGACUGCAACCUGAAACUCCUCUUCCUUCCCUAAAAACACUCCAAUUCUAUUGCUAAGAAUCCCCUUGCAGCUUUUGUCCCUCCUGCCAACAUGCACAUUCCUAUCUUCUGCUUGCUUCCUCACCCUGAGUGCAGUGGGCUGAGGUAACCUACUAAGACCUGCUCUGUCUAGCCCUGGAAGACUGCUGUAGCUUGGCACUCUGGUAGUUUGGAAGCCUGAGGGAGAAACAGGAGUCCCGUUUCUUCCUUCUGCACUCCCUACUGGCCUUCUUUCCCUUUGUGUUACACUCACAAAAAGAAAUUUCCUGUCUAAACUCUGCUGCUUGCCUAGGGAGCCACACAAAACUGGGAAGAUGGGCAGCCCAAGUCCCUUGGUCCCUCAGUUGGCUUCCGGCUGUGUGUUCAAAUGGGUCUGCCCAUCGAGUCUGGGUGGGUGCCACUGGCAAGGCCGGGGCCUGAAAAUAAGUCCUGCCACCUGUCUGCCACUGACACAGCCCAAAGCACAUCCUUGUCCCUCUCCCAGUUGCCCCUUCUAAGAGCCGUGCUCGUAGUGAUCAAGCUCGGUAGGGGGUGGGUCCAAGUGAGGGUUCUCACUGGUGUCUUUAAGAGGCUGAGGUUUUCUACAAUCCCAGGCCAGCAGCUGAAUAAGACAGGACACUCUUUCUUAUGAGAAAAUCCUGCUUCUCUCUGGUUUUUCCCCUGGGGGCUGUUAUGAGGCAGUACUGCAACAUGGGUUGGACCUGGAAAACUGAAUGUCUGUGUAGCUCAACAGCUUUGUGGGGGGAGGUAAGCCACCUUUUGAUGGCCACCUUCUGCUCUCACCCAUCAGAGUUUAUGCAGGUGGUAUCUGCCCUCAGGGUCACUUGCUUAGCCCUGGUCAGCUUUGGAUAAGAGGGUAAUGAUCACAGUCCUAUGCUCAGGGAGUAGCAGCCCUCAGUGUGUAUGUGUGUGACAGGGGAGGUCCCUGGGAGGGACCAUGCUUCCUGCACAGCUGUGUCCCCAGCACCCAGCACAGGACCUAGUGUGCAGCAAGAUCAAUAAAUACUUGUGGAAUCCA